UACGAAAAAAUGAAACUUGUUGAUCGAGUUUAAUGCGAAUUUUAUUUUAUUUUAUUUUUUCUCAUGCCGUAUAAUUUGCAUGAAAUAAAUAUUCAUUACAAAUAUAGAAAAGUUCUCAUUCGUUCGACUGUUGAAUAUAGCCUUUAGUCAUGUAAUCAUUUGUCCAAGUUUUAUUUGAUUAUUUCGUGUUUGAAAUUAAAAUGGAACAGAAGAAAACAAAUGAAAAGUCAACUAUUUCUAUUCUUUUCAUUUCCUUAAUAAUUGAUUUACUUGGUUUUACUGUUAUUUUACCUCUUCUGCCUUCAUUAUUGGAAUAUUACAGUCAACAUGAUAAGCAAGGUUUAUAUCAUUGGAUAGAUGAAAAACUAAGAAUUUUUCAAGAUUAUGUAGGCUUGCCUAAUGAAUUUAAUAAAGUAUUAUUUGGAGGAUUUAUUGGAUCAAUGUUUUCUUGUCUGCAAUUUUUUUCUGCUCCAAUUAUGGGUGCUUUAUCAGAUGUUUAUGGUCGUAAGCCAAUUUUGUUACUUAGUAUGUUUGGUAUUGCAGUUUCCUAUGCAGUUUGGUCAUGCUCUAAUAACUUUGGAAUAUUUGUUUUAGCAAGAAUUAUUGGGGGUUUGAGUAAAGGAAAUAUCACUUUAAGUGCUGCUAUAGUAGCAGAUGUUUCUGACUCUAAAUCAAGAGCUAAAGGAAUGGCAUUAAUUGGAAUUGCAUUUGCAAUUGGUUUUGUAAUUGGACCUAUGAUUGGAGCAGCAUUUUCCAUUUGGAUUGGACAUCAGGAUGGAAAAUUUUUUGUAAUUCCUGCAUUAUUUGCAUUAAUACUUGCAGUUUUGGAUAUUAUAUUUAUAGCAAUAUUUUUUAAAGAAUCUCUUCCUGAAGAUAAAAGGUUUGGUAUUGNAAAUAUUGGGAGUGGAAUUAUAGAGGCUUAUAAUUACAUAUCUCCAUCAUCAUUAUUUACUUUUAAACCUGUACAAAACAUCAAAAUUGAAGAUCUCAGGAUAUUACAAAAUGUGGGCUUUAUUUAUUUUACAUAUUUAUUAUUAUAUUCUGGCCUGGAAUAUUCUCUUACAUUUCUCACACAUGUACGUUUUAAUUAUACAAGUAUGCAACAAGGAAAAUUAUAUUUUUUUAGUGGAGUAAUUAUGAUGAUAGUACAAGGUGGAUAUGUAAGAAGAAUUAGUUCUGGAAAUGAGUCAAAAACAGCAGUAAUAGGUCUGAUGUCAAUUAUUCCUUCAUUUAUAAUCAUUGGAAUUGCUCCAAAUCAAGCAAUAUUAUAUUUGGGAUUAACAAUUUAUUCAUUUGCAUCUGCAACAGUUGUUCCAUGUUUAACAGCUAUUGUUUCUUCUUAUGGAUCAGCUGAUCAAAAGGGAAUUAUCUUGGGUAUAUUUCGAUCAUUAGGUGCUUUAGCAAGAGGAAUUGGACCUCUUAUUUCAGCAUCAGCAUUUUGGUUAUUUGGUCCAGUAUUAUGUUAUUGUAGUGGAAGUUUACUUUUGAUCAUACCGUUUCUGUUGAUGAUGAGAACAUCUCAACUAUUGACUCAAGAGAAGAUAAAAAGCAACUAAUAUUUUGAUAUAAUUUUCUAAAUAUUCACAAUUCAUUGCAUUAUAUUUUAAACUAAUAGUAAUGAAUUUAUAAAAGUUUAACUAUAGUUUCUUAUUAUCAUAAAUAGAAUUGCUCAAAUUUACAUAAAAAGUUUUAUAACUGAUAUUUCUAUAUAAUACUUUUUUAGAAAAAAUUAGAAUUUAAUGGGAUAAUUAAAGUGUGAACAAUAUCCAAAAUUCUUCACAACCUAAUUAUAUUAUUCGUUUUCAUGAUUUGAGAAAGUCAAACUAAUUAACAAUCUAAACUGUUGAAAGAGAGACAAUUACUGCCAUGUGAUCAAUUUAAACUAUCAAAUUUUGAUAGAUAUUUUAAAACUUGGAUGUUAAUUCAAAGUCAUCUGGCAUUUGAAUUUUUGAUGAUUUGGAUUGUUAAUUAGUAUCUUUAAUGAGCCUUUUCCCAUAAUUCAAGUAUUCUACAAGUUUUUAAAACUCAUUUUUUAUAUAUUAUUGUGAUAUUAGUAAUGAUUAGUUUGGCAAUAACAUUGCCAAACUAAUCAUUAGUAAAACAAGCAGUACAAUUUAUUAAAAACCCAUAUUUUUAUAUAAAUAAAAAUAUGAAAUU